AAUAAGAUGGCCAGGCCUGCUUUUACUCACUCAAGACUUGCAUGCGAAGAGCUGAUCAUUGACGUUCCACAAGUCAUGGAGCCUCUCGAGUGGCCCGAGUGUUGCAUCCACAGGGUCCCCAAGCUCCUUCGCAAGGUAAAUAGAGAUGCCUACACUCCAAAGCUAAUUUCCAUAGGUCCUCUUCAUCACGGCAAGAAAGAUCUCAAGGACAUGGAAAUGCUGAAACUUAGAUACUUCAAGGACUUCUGCUUCCGGACUGGGAAGUGCCAGAAGGAACUUGCAAGUAUCAUUGAAGACAACGAAAUCAAUAUCCGCCAUUGUUAUGCAGAGGCUUCUAGACUCAGCAGUAAAGAGUUCGUUCGCAUGAUUCUGCUGGAUGGUAUCUUUAUCAUUGAGCUCUUCUUGAGAAAAUCUGAGAAAUAUGAAGGCGAUUAUAUAUUAAGUAAACCAUUGCUAACCAAUCAUAUAAUGGAGGACUUGAUAUUACUUGAGAAUCAACUUCCAUUUUUUAUUCUCAGGGAAUUACAUGAACGCUUUUCCCCCCCUAUCCAAGGCAAAAGUACUACUCCCUUUCUCGAGCUUGCUUGGAAAUGCUUGCCCCAAGUCCCAAAAACACCCAGCAGGGACAGCACUGUGAAGGAAGUAAAACAUUUCACUGAUUUGCUGAGAACAUUUUACUGUCCUUCAAAGCCGGACGGCGAAAACAAACCCGAACCAACUUCUCUUCUAUGUUGUGCAACAAAGCUGGACGUCGAAAAAGAAGCCGGAACUAAUUCUCUUCUCUAUAGUGCAACAAAGCUGGACCAGGCGGGAGUCGAAUUCAAGGGAGUAUCAAAGAGACCCUUACUUGAUAUAGAAUUCAAGAAGCUUCCCUUGUUGAAAUAUUUUCCUUGCUAUAACUUCUCAUGGCUCUUGGCUUGCUUACCAUGCUUGAAACGCUUGAAGUGCUUGGUAAAGGUGCAGCCUACUUUAGAAGUCCCACAGUUCGUGGUAGAUGAUGCAGCUGAAUGCCUUUACCGAAACCUCGUAGCACUGGAGCAAUGUCAUUACCCAACUGAAGCUUACAUCUGCGAUUAUAUCAUGCUUUGGGAUGCUCUUAUCAACACUGAGAAAGACGUGGAUUUGCUUGUUGAGAAAAAGGUUAUUGUUAACAAACUUGGUCACAAUGAAGCAGUUGCCGAUCUGGUUAACAAACUUUGUGAGCAGACAGCAGAGAAUGAUCAUUCCUAUUUCCAUGCUCUCGCUCAAAAGCUUCAUGCGCACUACGACAAUUCCUGGAACCGCCAUAUGGCAUCUUUGACAAGUGCUUAUUUCCCUGAUAUUUGGAAAGGCACUGCAACUAUUGUUGGUCUUAUAAUCCUAGGAUUCACUCUCUGGGGUUUCAUUAGCCCCCCCUCAAAGUAG